AUGGAGUUUAAAGUAUCAUCAAGCACUUCCACACGGUGUUCAUCUCCUCCUUGGUUCCACCACCUGACCGCCCAUCGUCCGAUUCCAUUGCAUCACCGAUCGCACUCUGCUUCCACCCCCACUACCACUUCAUCCAUCACUUUGUCCCCAUCGUUAUCUCAACUUCCUCCCCACCAACCUCAUCAUUCUCAUUUCAAUCAUCACCACUGGCACAAAACAAUGACGAGUGCAUUGGAAAAGUGCACGACAUCGCUUUCUGAAAUACAUCGGUUACUAAGAGAAUCUUCAACCUCAUCUUACGGCACAAUGAGCACAACGUCUUCAAUUGAGUCGUCUCCAAUCGAGCAGGCAACUUCACGAUCAGCCAGACGGAAAUGGCAUUCCGCGAUGAGAUUUAUUCAAGGAGUUCAGAGAUUCAAAACUCCAGUUAUGUCACAUAAACAUCUUGUUGUUGACGAAGAAGCUCAGCGGGAAAAAACAAGAAUAAGAAGAAGAAGAAGGCGAUAUACUAAAAGACGAAGACGAGAAGAUAUGAAGAUGAGAUGGGUGCCGCGGCUGCCUGGCGGCCACGAAGCCACACCCCAGCUCCGGGAGCACACCCCUUCACUCACGAUGUGCUCGCGCCGUGGACGUCGUCUCAGUCUUCCCCAAACGCCCAUGGCUACACCGGCGAAUCCGACGACGCCUGGCGUUAUGAAUGGUCAUCCGUUUGCAUCUCGUCCACACUACGAAAGAAGGCAACUUCCGUCAAUGCAACAUACUCUUCGUCAUAAUCAUUCAAUGGGUUCCCUGAUGGGAAAUCGAGAAGUUCCUCCUCGUGAGAUUCAUCCAGAAUCCUACCAUAACCCACACGCUCGAUUCUCUCAACCAGAUAUUCAUUCUGCUAUCUAUCGUCCACAUAACUAUUAUUCUCCACCAAUUUCUUAUGGAAGUUCUGGUGGAUAUUAUUCACAUCCGUAUCAAUAUCAAUCAGGACAAAUACUUCCAACUUCUCAACAUUCCAGUCCACUCUAUAUGAGGAGAAUGUUGCCAACACCUAAUAAAAGCAGUGGGGGAAUCGCGCGAAAACUUCUGAAGAGAUGUACUAAUCCAGAUUUGAUGAGGUUACAGAGAACUACCGAAAUCCGAGAGCAGUCUGUUGGCAGAACAAGUUGUGAUGUACGAGAAUGCAAAAAAGUGCAAUUCAUCUGUUUUUGCAUAGUCUCUAUUCUGAAUUCACUGAUCUGGAAAAUCGAAGAGUGA